AUAGUUCCAAUAACAAGUAAUAUUGUUCGAUAGUCAGUGAUUUUUAUCCCCCUCGAGGAUGUCUGUGAAUUUAUCUAAGAACAAUGAGUCUCUGGUGGCUGCUUGGACGAGCGUUGUGGACGACAAGUCCCCGGUCAACUGGGCUGUCUUCGGCUACGAGGGUCAGACGAAUAUUCUGAAGGUCGUGUCCACCGGUGACGGUGGCCUCGAAGAGAUGAUCGAGGACCUGAAUAGCGGUCACAUAAUGUACGCAUUCUGUCGUGUAAUCGACACAAAAACAAGCCUUCCAAAAUGUGUCCUGGUGAAUUGGCAGGGGGAGCUCGCACCAAUAGUCCGCAAAGGUACUUGUGCUAAUCACAUUCGCGACAUUGAACGUCUGCUCAAAGGCGCCCACAUUCAGGUAAAUGCACGUUCUGAGGAGGAUGUCGAGGUGGAUAUGAUCAUGGAGAAGCUGGCGAGAGCAACAGGUUCAGCUUACAAAUUUCAAGCGCCUCGUAGUAAGGACGUGGGUAACACAUUUCCGGUGGGUACGACGUACAAACGUGUAAUACCAGCGCAGGAGAUAAAUGCAACAGAACGCGAUGAAUUUUGGCAGAAGGAAGAGCUCGAGGAGAAGGCUAGGGUAGAGCAGGAGAGAAUCAGAAGGGAGAAGGAGAGACAGAGGAUGGAGAUGGAGACGAGAUCGCGUGAGGAAAAGCAGAGUAAAAUAAGGGAGGAGGAGGCAACGCCUAUUGUCAGGAAAAUCGAACAGUCUGAGCAGAGGGUACAGGAGCUCAAGAACCUGAGAAAUCACCAGCCGAAGGCUGACAGUGAUGAUGAAGAGCCCAAGUCCAAGAGCGAGGAAUUGAGGAGACAGAGGAGCAACGAGGCACAACAGCUCAUUGCCCAGAGGACGAUCAACGCUAGAGCUGUUUUCGAGCAGAAUUCAGCAGCUGGACAGAUGAGAACUGGAUUUGCAACUGCAAAGGCUGUCCCCAGGGAGACGAGGGUUGAGAGAGUGAAGGAGGACAAACAGCAGGUGCCUCAGGAAGUGGAGGAGGAGAAAAAAGUGGAGGUAGUGAAUAACGAACCUCAGGAGGUUAAGGAAACUCUGGACGUCUGCAAGGAUCCUCCGGUCGUGUCUAGUCAUGAUCAUGAGGUGAAGACUGACGAAAAAAAGCCUCCGGAGGAGAUCAGCACCGUUGAGAAUGAUUUGUACAAUCAACUCAGCGGGGAGAACUUCCUUUAUUUCGAUCCCAAUAAUGAGGGGAUGAAGGCUAGGGCUUUGUACGAUUAUCAAGCUGCUGAUGAUACGGAGAUUACGUUUGAUCCGGGUGAUGUUAUCACGCAUAUUGAUGCUAUUGAUGAGGGCUGGUGGCAGGGACUAGCGCCUGAUGGUACUUAUGGACUUUUUCCGGCUAAUUAUGUCGAGGUUAUUGAGUAUGCCAGUACAUGAGGCGUGGGAGUUGUUGAUCGAGGCGGGGUCACCGGGGUUAUUAAUGAGUGUUAGAGGUUUAAUUAUUCGGAAGACGAGGAAGGGAGUCUUUGGAGAUGAGGAUAACAUGAGAAUGGAGAAAUGAAAUAAGAAAUAUCGAUGAUUUUUAUAGGUUCCUAAUGCAGUAGGAAGUUUAAGGAAAAUUCAACAUGUCGCUAAUUUUUCAUGUCUAGGGGGGCCUAGUGGAGGUUCUGGAAUUGAAGAUAUUUUUAGGAGAUUUCAGUCUCAUAAAAAUUAAUUUCUUCGAGUUUCUUUGUAGAGAAGGAAUUGGAAGGCAAUUGAAAGAAGUUUCUUGUUGUGGAAUUGUCUUCGUGAGGACUGGAUUUGUGAGAAAUUGUUAAAAGACAUUUACCGCUGGAGUCAGAUGUUUGUGAGAUAAAUGGAUAGUUGACAGAAAUGAAAAAUUGACUUCUAUUGAUGAUUUGUGAAAGUUAGAAGAGUAAAUCGUAAUUAAAGUGUUUGUGAAGUUGAUAAUUUUCUAGAGGCUGGAAAUUUGUUGAUUCUCUCUGCACUUCAACAAUCUGUUGAAUUUAAUUCACCUGUGGAGGGGUAUACCUGAAUGAAUUAUAUGAGACUCUUCUCGCAGAAACGUUUCUUCAAAAAAAUUAUUUAUUCAGACAAAUUCCUCUAAAGAAUAAUUUUCUAAAUAAAAAAAACUCGAGAAAUUAGAAAAGUCAUCUGGUUUAGAAACUCAAUGUAAUAAAUUCCAUUCUAUGAAUUUUACUUCCAAUUCAGUUUCCUUCUUCAGUUAUAUCUCUCCGCGAUUGGGUAAAUAUUGAUUAAUAUGAACGACUGAAGCCAUAAAUCCUAGAACUAAUAUGAAAGUGACCUUCAUCAAUUGUUCAACGUAUUAUACUGACAUUCAUCACCACCAGAAUGACAAAGAAAAGUACUUAACGUUAACUGAUGAAUUUCCAAAUUCUAAAAUUAUACAAUUUUGUACAUCAUUUCAACAAUUAUGUCACUGGCUUCAGUUGAAAGAGGAAGACCAGAGGAAAACCGUUAUCUUCCGGAGAAAAUAGUGUAUAAUGAAUUGCGGAAUUUUUACUUCCUGUUGACAGUUCAUGAAGCAGAGUGAGUCAGAAUGAAAUUAUCACUUUUCAUAAUCAAAGACAAUUUUUUUGUCCUUUAUUUGAGGGUCAAGUAGAGGCCCUUGAUGGCUUUUAGGGUUGAAAUCGCAACCAAGAUCGUUAGACCCCUAAUAAAAAACAAAAAAUUGUUCUAAAUCAUUGUUUUUCUUAGCAUUUCAUUCUGCCCCAGUCUCGCUGAAUUUCGUACUCGUAGUAUGUGGAUCCUACAAGUAUAGAAUUUAUUAUUCAAUUUCCAUAAUAGAAUAUCACAAGACAAUAAUUUUCAUCUGCAUUAAAAUAUUGUCAACGACUGUCAAACCUUCGAGUAUUUAAAAAUUAUGUAAAAACAGAGUCACUGUACAUGUUUUAUGUUAAUUUUCAUCAACUGAUAAUUUUGAUAAAUAAUUCUACACCUGCAGGAUCGCAAUAGUAUAAAUAUAUGUAAUUAAUGAAUCUGGAACUCAAGUAGUUAAGAACCAAAUUUGUAAUACGUUUUUUUCAAGUUUUUAAGAAAAAUACGAGGUUUUUUGCAUUUAUCACUCGAUCAUGACUAUCAUUACUAAAAAAUCAUUAGAUCUCAAAUUCAUGCAAAUGACUGUGAACCACGUCACAACUGCUCGAGAAAAUAAAAGUCGAAAGAUUUCCAAGAGUCUUUUUAUUAUUAUUUAACAUAAAUAGGGAAAAGAAAUUGAAGAAUUCGAACGAAUAAUUGAGUUGAUUUUGCCGUAACUAGUUGAAUGUUUUAUGAAGAUAUUUACAAUGAUGUGCUAUUACUUUAAUCGACAAUUUCAAUUGCAGAACUCAAUUGUUCUUCGGAAAAAUUUAUCCGGUGAAUAAUGAAUAAUGAGAUGUAAUUUGAAGAUGCAAUUGAUUUUCAUGCACGAAUACUCAAUUGUUAUACAAUCUCAAUAAUGCAAUAUGUUCAUGGAAAUGUAUGAAAUUAAUUUGAUUUUAACUUUCAUGGAAUAAAUCUGUUUUUCAUAA